GUGCACGCAAAAUGUAAAGUUUUCAUCUUCAUAACGCUUAGAGCUUUUUACUUAAAAUGAAGUAGUGGAACAGAGAAAUAAAAAAUAGCACGCCCCCUUUACGCAAAUGCAUGAUUGACACCCUAGGGGAAUUUCCUGUCUCCUCGAGAUUUGGUUCGUUUUGUUCUUUUUCUCAUAUAUUUUUCUCUUUACAACCUCCUGACUCAAUGACAAGCAUGCUAGUUCCUUUUAAACAACCCAAAAACGGAUUUUUUACUUGGGGUCUGACAUAAGAUUUUCGGUGAAUGGGAUUCUAGUAUGGAAAGCAGGAAGUGGGGUUGUGAGAGACCACUUUGAGGGCUAUUCUUCCAAGUAGCUCCAUCACCCACCAUAAGCAGGCUUUACUAUCUGUGAGCCUCUGCUCAUAGUAAAUCUCAAUUCAAUGGCAUUGAAAAGAAAAGAAACUUCUCUGUGUUUUGUGGCUUUUCUCUGUUUUUGGGCUUCUGCAUAUGGAUUACUUUCUCCCAAAGGUGUAAACUUUGAAGUGCAAGCUUUAAUGGGAAUAAAAACUUCUUUAAAGGAUCCCCAUGGUGUCCUUGAUAAUUGGGAUGGCGACUCUGUUGAUCCAUGUAGCUGGACCAUGGUUACCUGUUCUGCCGAGAGCCUAGUCAUUGGCCUGGGUACUCCUAGCCAGAAUCUAUCCGGUACUCUAUCUCCAAGUAUAGGCAAUCUGAAAAAUCUUCAGAUUGUGCUUUUACAGAACAACAACAUUAAAGGACCAAUCCCUGCAGAGCUUGGAAAGCUCUCGAAGCUUCACACACUUGAUCUUUCGAAUAACUUCUUCAGUGGGGAAAUUCCUACAACUCUGGGUCAUCUGAGAAGCCUCCAAUACAUGAGACUUAACAAUAACAGUCUCUCGGGAGCAUUUCCAAUGUCAUUGGCUAACAUGACCCAGCUUGCCUUUCUUGAUUUGUCCUACAACAGUCUGAGUGGACCUGUACCCAGAUUUCCUGCUAAAACAUUCAACAUUGUUGGGAACCCUUUGAUAUGCCCAACAGGCUCUGAACCAGACUGCAAUGGGACAACACUCUUGCCAAUGUCCAUGAACUUGAAUGGUUCACAAACAGCUCAGCCUUAUAGUAGACCUAACAGUCACAAAAUAGCCCUUGCCUUUGGCUUGAGCCUCGGAUGCCUUUGUCUCAUGGCCCUGGGAUUUGGUCUUCUUUUGUGGUGGAGGCAAAGGCACCACAAACAGAAAUUCUUUGAUGUCAAAGACCGGCAUCAUGAAGAGAUUUCCCUUGGAAACUUGAAGAGAUUCCAUUUCAGGGAACUUCAAAGUGCAACCAACAGCUUCAGCAACAAAAGCAUACUUGGAAAAGGUGGUUUUGGAAACGUGUACAAAGGAGUUCUCCAAGAUGGGACUGUUGUGGCUGUCAAGAGGCUUAAAGAUGGUAAUGCAAUUGGAGGAGAGAUUCAAUUCCAGACUGAAGUUGAAAUGAUUAGCCUAGCCGUGCACCGAAACCUCCUCAGGCUAUAUGGUUUUUGUGUGACGCCCACAGAAAGGCUUCUAGUUUACCCAUUUAUGUCCAAUGGCAGUGUUGCUUCUCGUCUCAAAGGAAAACCAGUCUUGGACUGGAACACUAGGAAGAGGAUUUCCUUAGGAGCUGGCAGGGGACUAUUAUACCUCCACGAGCAGUGUGACCCGAAAAUAAUUCAUAGGGACGUGAAGGCUGCAAAUAUAUUGCUUGAUGACUGUUGUGAGGCCGUGGUAGGAGAUUUUGGCUUGGCAAAGCUUUUGGAUCACCAAGAUUCACACGUUACCACAGCAGUGAGAGGCACGGUGGGGCAUAUAGCCCCGGAAUAUCUUUCCACCGGUCAGUCCUCUGAGAAAACAGAUGUCUUCGGAUUUGGGAUCCUUCUCCUAGAAUUAAUUACAGGCCAGCGAGCACUAGAAUUCGGCAAGGCAGCCAACCAGAAAGGUGCCAUGCUCGAUUGGGUAAAGAAAAUCCAUCAGGAGAAGAAGCUUGAAAUGCUUGUGGAUAAGGAUCUUAAAAGCAACUAUGACAGAAUUGAGCUGGAGGAGAUGGUUCAAGUGGCUCUUUUGUGCACCCAAUACCUCCCGGGCCACAGACCCAAAAUGUCUGAAGUUGUUAGAAUGCUUGAAGGUGAUGGGCUCGCCGAAAGAUGGGAAGCUUCUCAAAGAGUUGAAUCUACCAAGUGCAAACCCCAUGAGUUCUCUGCAUCAGAUAGAUAUUCUGAUCUCGCCGAUAACUCUUCCCUACUAGUCCAAGCAAUGGAGCUCUCUGGGCCAAGAUGAAUAAAUUCCGACAUUGAUUUAUUUACUAUUGUAUCUAUGAAAGUUAGAAUUUUGAUGGGACAAGUUAUAGUUGAAGAUAUUCAUAAAAGGUAAGGAAGAUCGAAAGCCUUUGCUGUAUAGAUGUCGUAUACAGGAACUCUAAAAUACUCCGAUCUUUUCUUCAAUUGUACAGAAUAUUUUGAGAUUGAAAUUUGUUGGUUGUUUGUAUUCCAA